AUGAUCGCCGGCGAACCUCACUGUUUGAAUUUCUUUGCCCAGCUGAUAAUCAAGGUGCUUGGGCAGUGCCUGUCGAAUGAAACGUUGCCUCGGGAGCACCCUGCCCUCCAGCUGGUACUCAGACUUUUGAACACAGGUCUUCACGCUUUGCAGAUGUACACGACGGGCGAGUAUAAAGAGCCUAAGAUCAGUUCAGACGUCUACACACGCUUCCUCACUGUGCUCAUGUGCUCAAUGGCAAAGGAGCUGUGCCUGGAAUUCGUCGACAAGUGUCCUCCUUCUGAAUCAGGCACUGUUAGAGAGGUACAAAUGGACGAUAUUCUCGGCAAACUUAAACCGCCUGAAGAUGCCCCAUGGUUUUACUGUCACACAUAUGAAGCUUUGGCCGAGAAGUUAAGAACUCAGUGCUCAAUGAGCGAGCAGGAAUCAGAGGUCACUCCAAACUUGUCCCUGUCUCUCUGA